CAGAGCUUUCUCAACAUUUGUUUGUUUGCCUUUCUCAGAUGCAGGCGACGACUGCAGAGGUUGGGAUCCUCGACGAGGAUAUAUACACGCUCGCCCGAUAUGUCGAGGGCUUGGAAGACGCCAUCAUCGCCAUCCUCCAUCCGCCCUCUAUCAGCUCCUCACCAGCCGUUGCGAUCAUGCUGCGCUCCUCGACCACCGAGUUGGACACCAAGGGCGACGCUGCCAGCGAGCCCCACUUCCUCUUCAAGAUGGCGGGCUUCACCGCCGACGGCAAGCAGCGACGCCGUCACACCAAAUACGCCCUCAUGGCCAUGAUGGUCUUGUCCAACAUCGUCCUCAUCAGUCUGUCAUGGGCUAUCCCCAAGAUCUGGUACAUCUUCAUCCCCUUUUGCGCCUGCAUCAGUUUUAUGAACACCUGCAUGGUGCUUUCAAUGACUGGCUGGCUGAUCCACACGCGACUCCUCACCCCUUCAGCCUCCGCCCUCGCACGCCUUGUGCGAUCGAAAGAGGUCAACGAGAAGGCUGACGCAGCCAAGGUCGCGGCAUUGGAGCGCAAGACGGACCCCUGCACGCUCGCCUACGUCGUGCCGUGCUACAAUGAGAGCGAGGCUGAAGUCAAGGCUACAGUGGAGUCCCUCUACUCGCAAGCCAAGGUUGAGCAGCACCGCAAACUCCUCAUUGUCUUCUGCGACGGUCAUGUCAAGGGCGCUGGCGAGUCGUUGACCACAGCGGACAUGCUGCUCGAAAGCCUCUUUGCGGCCAGCAAGGACGUGACCGUCACGGCUCAACGACGUUAUGAGUCGGCCUACCGAUCAUGGACCGGCACUUCAGUCUCUAUCAAUUGUCAAUGGGGAGAAUACAAGGGCUUGCCUUACCUGGUCAUCAACAAGGACAUUAAUCGCGGCAAGCGUGACACACUCAUUGCACUUCGAAGUCUCCUCUACGCCUUCAACCACAAUCGACCUGCCGAAGAGACCAUCUUCUCUGAGGAGUUCCUCAAGAGCUUUGGCUCAGACAUCGCUGGCAACGACAUCAGGCACUUUGACUACAUUGUAGGCACAGAUGCAGACACGACCUUCAGCGACGAAGCCACGGCGCACCUCAUCGCCAAGGUCCGCGAGAACCCCAAGACGGUGGGCGUAUCUGGAGUCAUUCGUGUAGCCUUCCGCAACGGUACAGCCUGGAGAUUCUGGUCCCUCUAUCAGAAUGCGGAAUAUCUGCGUGCGCAAGCUCUGCGACGCACGCACCAGAGUGAGGUUACGCACAAGGUCACCUGUCUCCCUGGAGCUUGCCAGAUCCUCAAGGUCGUCGAUGAGACGUGCGGUGACAAGAUCUGUGUGGACACUUUUGGCUACUACCCUACUCAGCAAGACUCUCUCGCGAAGGCCAUCCGCGCCUUUGCGGGCGAAGACCGCAACCAUGUCGUCAACAUGUUUAAUGAGUUUCCCGAGAGCCAGACGCGCAUGUGCUGGUCAGCCCACGCCUACACGGACCCGCCUCAAAGCUUCAAAGUCUUCCUCUCCCAACGCCGUCGCUGGACACUCUCUACCUCGGCCAACGACCUCGUCGUCCUCUUUGGCUCGAAGCAAAACAUUUGGGAACGAUUCUGCGCAUUUGUCGACAUUGCCAUUUGGGCUAUCCCCUUUUUCAUCUUUGCCACCCUCGGUCAGCUCAUCCGUGCCAUUGUGCACAUCAGCCAAGGAGGGUACGAUUACACGGUCGUGCUCUCUCUCUCGUCGAUGAUCUUCCUCCCUUGGUGCUACACCAUCGUUGGUGUGGGCUGGGCCAACAACAACGCCAAGCAGAGGGUACAAUAUGCCCUUGGCCUGCUUCUCCUCUUCUUCUGCGGCCCCUUUAUGGGCUGCUGCAUCAUCGCUUACGCUGUUCAGCACGCGGACGACUUCUCGUGGGGCCGCACCAGGGCUCUGGCUGCCGACUCUGCUGAUCAAGAGUGCAUUCACGGCAGCGAGGCUGAGGUCGAAGCCAAGACACCGGCUCCAGCGAUGGCACCGCCCGCAAUUGGCCCCGCCUCUCCGUUCAACCGAGCUACUGCGACGUCACCGCCGCCCCAGGUCGCGAUUCAAGUCACAAGGGAGGAGCACGUCUCCGAUAUCGAGGAAGAGCAUGUCGAGGAGAAGGCCAACUUUGCCGUCAGGCGCAUCUCCGAGGACUUCCACGACGUCGACUUCCAUGAUGCACUCGAAGAGGAGCCAAAAGUCUCGAACAUCGCGACGGCAGCCGCGCUGCUGCGGUCAGACAGCCAAUUCACCGGCAUCACAGACGACACCGAAUCAUUGGCAUCAUCCUCCGACUCUUCGCAGGACGCUCCCUCGACUCGACCGUCCACCGGUCUCUUCUCUGUGCGCGAGGACUCGCGCAGCUCUAUGGCGACGACGGUUACGCGCGGACGCGACAGCGGUGGAAGUGUAGCUCCGAUCGAUCUCAAGGAAGGGAAAGCUACCUUUGGGAAGAGCAGGAUCAUCGUUGCUGCCCUUCCCACACUGCCCUACGCGGCGCCACCAGCAGGUGUUAUCCGCCAGAGUGGCAACGUGGCGUGAGCUCCAUCUUGCUCUUUGUCUCGGUCUUCUCUCGUCACCUUGUUCUUUACUGUCACCAUAGGAUUGGAUGUCACGGAUGUCACCUCACGAAUAUAUACGAUGAUAGCGACCGCGAGGGCCGACUGAGUAGCGAGCGUGAGCGUGCGGGGAUCGGCGUGUCCCUUCGUUCCCGCAUAAAGGCAAGCGCGAGGCUCAUACACCCAAUUCGCGACACA